UGAUAUUAUUAAUCUUUAAUCUCUUUCUUCAUUUGCAGACCGCGUUCCCAGUGGAACGCUUUUUCAGCCUCUGGAGUCCUGGGGGUUUUGUACAGAUUUUCUGCUCUAAGAGCCUAUUCUUUCUAAGCAUGAACCUGUAACCAGAAGUGCAUGAAUUCUGUUUAUUACAUAACCUGUUCCUCUUGAUCUGUAUUGUUCUGCCCUUCAAACCCCACUCAGGUGGCUGCCCGAGGGCUCUUCGCUGUGCCUGUCUCUGUAGUCAGCCCAUGAGCAGCUGCUGUGUGCAAGCCAGGCAGACCCGUUCUGCAAGAAGUGGGGCUUGGAGACCUGCUUGCUUGUAACUGAACAUGGCAGGGGAUGUGAAAAGAUUCUCACGGAUGCUGCUGGAGUGCAAUAGCAAUGACAAGCUAUGUGUUGUGCGUGAAUAUCAAACGGAAGUGAUCGUCGUCCCAGCUCUCCUGGUGGGAAUUUUUGUCAUUGUGCUCACUGUGAUCCUUUGGCUCCACUGCCGCGGGCUGCGAGCAAAGCAGGAGCAAUCAGCACCAGCUGGAACCCAAGUGAUGACGAACAAUCAGCAGGAACCCUGCUCAACAGAGAACCACUUCAUCCAGCUGAGUGAGAGGUCUGUGGAGAGCCUGCUAAAUUCUGCAUCCUUGACUCUGAAAGAAUUAGAGAUACCACGAGAGAAACUCUUACCAGACACCUUGGAGCUGAUCAAACUUGGUGCCUAUGGGAGUAUCUACAGAGCACAGUUGGAAGCUGGGAGCUCUGAGAAGACUAAGACUGUGGUGUUGAAAGCCUUGCAAGACCCGGCUAGUCCCCAGAAAAUAAAGGACUUCUUGGGAAGGAUUAAAUUCCAUGAAAAUCUUGGCCAUCAUGAGAACCUGGUUAAACUGGUUGGAUGUUGUGUAGACCAGCUCCCACUUUAUAUGAUCAUGGAAGAUGUGUCUCUUGGUGACCUGCUGACAUUUCUGUGGACAUGUCGGAAAGAUGUGAUGGCAAUGGAUGGUGUCCCCUAUGACCUCACUGAGAGGCAGGUAUAUGAGGUUGGACAGCAGGUUGCAGCAGCUCUGGCUUAUCUGGAAGAAAAGAACUUGUUCCAUGGUGACAUUGCUGCCAGGAAUGUCCUUCUUCAUCACAACUUCACUGCUAAGCUCUGUGGUUUGGGGCUGGCCUAUGAAGCUCACACCCACGGUGCCAGCUCAGUCACAGGGAAAGUGCCCGUCAAGUGGCAGGCACCAGAGAGGCUCCUGAGCAAGCCCCCCACCAUCAAGGCAGACAUAUGGUCUUUUGGAAUUCUACUGUAUGAAAUGAUUACAUUAGGUGCUCCACCAUAUCCUGAGGUGCCACCUUCUGACAUCUUAUCAUACCUGCAGAAACAGAACAUUAUGAAGCAGCCCUCAAGCUGCCAGCAAGCCAUGUACUGCAUCAUGAAGUCCUGCUGGCAGUGGAGUGCAGCUCACCGGCCUUCUCCAGCACACCUCCUGUGCUCCCUGAAAACAGCAAUGAAGACCAGCAAUGGGUACACAGUGCUGCAGGUGCCUGAGCCAGUGGUGCCUGAACUCUAUGCUGAUGUUGCUGGUAUUGAUGUGCACAGCUUGGUGAGGGAAUACACGAUCCUCUGAAGGGUCCUUUCAUAUUUUGGUAAAGGAGAAAGAAGUCUCAGAGUUUUCCCUUUCUAAAUAUUUUGCAAACUCGGAAUGAGGUGCCUAUGUUGGAAGGGAUUCCUUUGUUCUUCAAACAUCUAUAAAAUCUCUCCUCCAUGCCAGACACAAGAAACUGUUAUCAUUAUUGUUAAAUCAACCUGUUGGUAGCAUUCUGCCAGUGGUCAUUUGGGAGUAAAGUGUGUUUAGGAAGCUGUAGAAAACGUAAUGAGAAACUUGAGUUAAAGGAGUGUUAGGUUUGUGUGGCAAGGUUUUGGUGAUGGGGUGGACUGCAGAAGUGACUUUUCUGAGAAGAUGCCAGAAGCUUCCCCCAGCUCCACAAUGGAGCUGUUGCUGGUCAAGGCUGAGCCCUUCAGCACUGGUAGCACCUCUGUGAUUACAUAUUUAAGAAAGUGUAAAAGACACUGCACAACAGCAGGUGAAAAAGAGGAGUGUGAAUGUGAGAGGAACAGCUCUGCAGACACCCUGGGCAGGGCAGAAGGAGGGGCAGGAGCUGCUCCAGGCUCCAGAGCUGGGAUUGCCCUGAGAUCCUGUGGUGCAGCCCACAGAGAGGCAGC